GACAAUGGAAUUAUUUAAGUACUUUCCCACAGGCUACACCUCGGUCCUGUGGCUGCUGGCUCUCUCUCUUUUGCUGAUCGUUUCUGUUAUCCGGCGGAGAGUUCCCAGGAAUUUCCCUCCUGGACCGACUCCGCUUCCUCUGAUCGGGAACCUGCACCAACUGGACCUCAGGAGGCUGGACUGGUCUCUCAUGGGGCUCGCGGAGAAAUAUGGAAGCGUAUUUUCAGUGGAGAUUGGCCCGUUGAAGGCAGUGGUGUUGACCGGCUACGAUGCAGUGAAAGAUGCUCUUGUGAAUCAUGCUGAUCUAUUCACUGGGAGGCCACGCAUCCCAAUAUAUGACGAUUUUUCAUUCCGAAAUGGGGUUAUAUUCAGUGAUGGGAAGUUGUGGCAGGACAACCGGAAGUUUGUGAUCUCAGCUCUCCGAGGCUUUGGCAUGGGCAAGAAAUCCAUUGAGGACAGGAUCACUGAAGAAGCCAGCUUUCUUGUCAAUGUAUUCGAGAGUCAUAAGGGUCAGCCUUUUGAAACGGCACAGAUUAUGUAUUUAGCCGUGAGCAAUAUUAUCUGUUCUAUCAUGUUUGGAGACCGUUUUGAUUAUAACAAUGAAGUGUUCGUCCAUCUGACAAACAUGAUGAAUGAGAACACGAGACUGAUUGGAACAGCUCCAUUACAUCUGUACAACGCUUACCCAUCACUGGGAUUUCUGAUUCCGGGUCGCCAGAAGAUUAUUGAAAAUCAAGUGAAGAUGCACGAAAUCUUUGAAGGAUUCUUCAAAGCUGCCAAAGAGACGUUGAGCGAAAUCAGCAUCCAGACAUUCUGCGAGGCCUUAAUUAUGAGACACCAACAGGAAUUAGGAAGUCAAGAUAUAGAGAUUAAGGAAAAGGAUAUCCUGGUUACAAUCAAUGACCUGUUUGCAGCUGGCACAGAAACGACCUCCACUACCAUUUGCUGGGGACUCGUUCUCAUGAUAAACUAUCCAGAAAUUCAGAGGAAAGUUCAAGAUGAAAUUGAUCGGGUUAUAGGAGCUGGUCGAUUCCCAAGAACAGGAGACCAGAGACACAUGCCCUACACCGACGCUGUAAUUCAUGAGAUCCAGAGGUUUGCCAACAUCAUGCCCAUGAACCUACCUCAUUCGACAACCAAGGAUACGCAUUUCAGAGAAUAUUUCAUUUCAAAGGGAACCUACGUUAUUCCUUUACUGACCUCGGUGCUGUACGAUAAAACUCAACGGGAAAACCCAAAUGAGUUUAACCCAGCUCACUUCCUGGAUGCUGAUGGGAAUUUUGUGAAGACAGACACACAACUUACUGUACUGACGGUGCCCUGUUCUUUUUCAGGUCGGAGGGUGUGCGCUGGUGAGGCUUUGGCUAAAGUGGAGCUUUUCCUGUUCUUCACCACCCUGCUGCAGAAGUUCCAUUUCCAGGCUCCACCAGGUGUGACGGACCUGGAUACCAGCCCGAGAAUAGGCUUAGUCACCAACCCGAAACCUCACCGGGUGUGUGCUGUGCCUCGCUGAUGGGACCAGCGACAGUCCCAGCAAAUCUUUCACCACUGAGUUCACAAGUGUGGGGCCUGCAAUCCAACAUGAGGCAGGACUGUUACUGGAUUUCCCUAUCUCUAUCCAAUUUGCAAUGCAAUCUUUUACGCUUUGUACAAAUCUAUACCACACCAUCUUCACUUCUGUAACUGUAACGUUUUCGUGGAAUUAAUUGGGAAUUUUCUCCAAUUAUAAAAGGAGGCAGAAAUUCCUUGGAAAGUUCGAACUUUCUUUGCAAAUUAACUCAGAACCCAUUCCAGA